AUGACGUCGAGAGGUGCUGGGACUGCUUUCUCGAGGAAGAACUACAGGCUGAGCACUGAGCCAGAGAAGUCCAAGGUCACAGGGAUUGUGAACAGCAGGCUGCUGAAUGAUUACCUGCAUCGUGUCUUUACCAGUGCAGAUGGGAACCAACCUGCAGCUGCUUACAGGAAGCACCUGACGUUCCAGAACCUGCAGGAGCACCUUGACCGGUUGCUAGCAGAGGAGAAUGGCUCCGAAGACGGUCGAGAUCAGGUAGCAGAGGGCCGUCUUGGCCCCUCUACUGUGGUGCUGGACCACACCAGUGGUUUUGAGGGGCUCCUGCUGGUUGAUGAUGACUUGCUUGGGGUGAUUGGCCACAGUAACUUUGGGUCCAUCAGGGCCACAACGUGUGUGUAUAAAGGGAAAUGGAUUUACGAAGUGCUCAUCUCCUCCCAGGGACUCAUGCAGAUUGGCUGGUGUACUCUCAACUGCAGGUUUAAUCAGGAGGAAGGAGUUGGAGAUACACCAGAUUCAUAUGCAUAUGAUGGCAACAGGGUGCGCAAGUGGAACGUGACUACUACUAACUAUGGCAAAUCCUGGGCAGCAGGAGACAUUGUCAGCUGUCUAAUAGACCUUGAUGAGGGCACCAUUGCUUUCUGCUUGAAUGGCAUAUCUUUGGGAACAGCUUUUGAUAACAUCACCAGGGGUGCUGGAAUGGCUUACUUCCCUGCCAUCAGCCUCUCCUUCAAAGAGUCUGUUGCUUUCAACUUUGGAAGCCGACCGCUCCGUUAUCCAGUGGAAGGUUACCGCCCCCUGCAAGAUCCUCCGCUUGCAGACCUAGUGAAAGCUCGCAAGCUGCUGGGCUACUUGAAGAAUGUGAUCCACAUUGGGAUAGAUGUGACGGAGGGGAAGCUGGUGGAGAAGGAGACAUCCAUGUGGCAGCUGCAGGGAGAACCCACAGUGCUGAUUACAUUAGCCCACAUCUUUAACUAUUUCUCCCCUCUUAUGUGCAAAGUGUACCUGGUAGAAGAUGUGCUCAUGACCUUCCUGUUGAGCAUCCUUGAGCGUGGAGGGGCUGUGGAGGCACAUCCCCUUAUUCAGCAGCUACUGGAUCUCAUGUGGCUUCUUAUGGAGGAGUAUGAAGUGCACGAGUGCCUCAAGCAGCUACUGAUGUCCCUGCUGCGAGCUUACAGGUUCUCCCCCAUCAUCCCAGACCUGGGAUUGCAGAUUCACUACCUCCGGCUCACCAUUGCAGUCCUGAAGCAUGAGAAAUCCAGGAAGUACCUACUCAGCAAUGUUCUUUUCGAUGUGCUUCGUUCGGUUGUGUUCUUCUACAUCAAGAGCCCUCUGCGUGUGGAGGAGGCUGGUUUGCAGGAGCUCAUUCCCACCACGUGGUGGCCUAACCGCUUCACCAAGGAGGGCAAGGAGAGUAAGGAGGUGAAGGAGGAGAGUGCUGAGGAGAGACUGAGGCGACGAGCAUAUGAAAGAGGCUGCCAGCGGCUCAAGAAACGCAUUGAAGUGGUAGAAGGUCUCCAGGUUCAGAUUCUGAAGCUGUUGCUGAACAACAAGGACAGAGGAGGGGGAGAAGCCUCCAGAUACAUCUUCCUAAACAAAUUCCGCAAGUUUCUUCAGGAAAACGCUAGCAAUAGAGGGAACUUGACUGUGUUGUGCCCACCAGAGUACAUGGUGUGCUUCCUGCACCGGCUUAUCGCUGCCCUGCGCUUCUUCUGGGAUGGCCACAAGGCAAAGACCCCUGCCACAGUGAGCAGUGAAGAGGCAUAUGUCCCUCCUCAACUCUUCUAUAAUGGGAAGGUGGAUUAUUUUGACCUUCAGCGGCUUGGAGGUCUCCUGUCUCAUCUUAAAAAGACUCUGAAAGAUGACCUGGCUGCAAAAGCCAAUGUCCUGAUCGACCCUGCGGAGCUGCAGGCAGUGACUAUGGAUGAUCUCGAUGAAGAUGAGGAAUCAGCAACAUCAGCAGCACAGCGUCCCUCUGCUGCCCUGGCCAUUGGUGGAGCUCUUGCCAGACCUGGCUGGCUCAGCUCCCCCACGCUGGGCCGUGCCAACCGCUUCCUCAGCACGGCGGCCGUCAGCCUGAUGAACCCCCGGCGGCCGCUCGGCAGCCUGGAGAAGAUCAAAGUGCGCACGCUGAGCGUGGAGCAGCGGACAGAGGAGGAUAUUGAAGGUAGCCAUGGAAAUGAGGGUCUCUUACUGGGCAGACCCCCAGAGGAACCAGACCAGCCAAUCACAGAGAACUCCCUUCUGGAAGUCCUGGAUGGGAUAGUGAUGAUGUACAACCUCAGUGUCCACCAGCAACUUGGGAAGAUGGUUGGUGUGUCAGAUGAUGUGAAUGAAUAUGCCAUGGCACUGAAAGACACAGAGGAAAAAAUCAGCCGCUGCCCAAAGAGGAGGAGAGACAUCCAUGAGGAACUGCUGAAGAGCCAAAAGGUCUUCUCCGAGAAGCUGAACCACCUAAGCCGCCGCCUCGCUUGGAUAAAUGUCACCAUUUAUUCAAAGGAGAAGAUGCAGGACAUAUAUUGGCUGCUGCGAGUGUGCAUCCGCACCAUCGAGCAUGGCGACAGGACAGGCUCCCUUUUCGCUUUCAUGCCGGAGUUCUACCUCAGUGUGGCUAUGAACAGCUACAGUGCACUCAAGAACUACUUCAGCCCUGUAAACAGCAUGGAGGAACUUCCAGGCUACGAAGAGACUCUGAUGCGCCUCGCUGCCAUCCUGGCCAAGCAUUUUGCUGACUCAAGGAUUGUGGGAACAGACAUCCGGGACUCCCUGAUGCAGGCGCUGGCCAGCUACGUCUGCUACCCGCACUCGCUGCGUGCUGUAGAGAGGAUCCCAGAAGAGCAGCGGAUCUCCAUGAUGAAGAACCUCCUGGCUCCAUAUGAGCAGCGACCCUGGGCACAGACCAACUGGAUCCUCGUCAGGCUUUGGCGGGGCUGUGGCUUUGGGUACAGAUACACACGGCUUCCACACCUGCUGAAAACCAAGCCUGAGGAUGCCAGCCUCCCCAGCCUGCAGAAGCCAUGUCCCUCCACCUUGCUGCAGCAGCACAUGGCAGACCUGCUCCGCAGCGACCGUGACCUGGCCCCCAGCUUCCUCAACAGUGUCCUCAACCAGCUGAACUGGGCUUUCUCCGAGUUCAUCGGCAUGAUUCAGGAGAUCCAGCAGGCAGCAGAGCGCUUGGAGAGGAACUUCGUGGACAGCCGGCAGCUGAAGGUGUGUGCCACCUGCUUCGACCUGUCGGUGAGCUUGCUGCGGGUGCUGGAGAUGACUGUCACGCUGGCACCGGAGAUCUUUCUCGACUGGAGUCGUCCCUCGUCGGAGCUGCUCCUUCGGAGGCUUGCCCAGCUCUUGAACCAGGUGCUGAACCGGGUGACAGCUGAAAGGAACUUGUUUGACAGAGUGGUCAACCUCCGUCUGCCAGGGCUGGAGAGUGUGGACCAUUACCCAAUCCUUGUGGCUGUGACAGGCAUCCUGGUCCGGCUGCUCGUGGACACUGAUGUUCAGGGGGCUGAGCGUGCGACAGCGGUGCUGCUGGCGGACCCCUGCUUCCAGCUGCGCUCUAUCCAGUACCUGCUGGGCCAUGCUGAGCCCUCGGCCCUGGCAGCUGCUGCCCUGACUGCAGACAAGCGCCAUUUCUCUCUGCACACCUACACAGAGUACAUCAGUGCUGAGGAACUGGCAAAGGUGGAAAAGAUGCUGAGCCACCUGAGUGAGGAGUCCAAGCAGGCAGCUGCCACCACACUGCCCACCAGUGAGGAAGACCUGUGCCCAAUCUGCUAUGCACACCCAAUCUCAGCCAUCUUCAGACCCUGCUCUCACAAAUCGUGCAAAGCCUGCAUCAACCAGCACCUGAUGAACAACAAGGACUGCUUCUUCUGCAAGGCCACCAUCACAGGGGUGGAUGACUUCACCAAGCCAGCCAAUUCUUAGCGCCCAGCCACACGCCACA